AUGAUUUUUUACGUGGAGAAAAAGGUUUAUGAACGCUUUAAUGUUACCGUCAGCAAUUCUGCCAGUGUAUCCCUUUGUGACAAAGACCAGACGACGAACGACAGGUUGAUUCAGGAAAAUGUGGCAAUGUGGAACAUGCACCUCAGCGUUGCUUAUAUGAUACCGAGCGUCAUUUCAACCGUUGUUUUUGGUGCGCAUAGUGACAGGGCGGGCAGAAAACCUUGUUUGCUCCUCCCUUGUUUCAGUGGAGUACUGUACCUGGGCAUCACCGCCUUAAUCGUCCAACUAGAUCUACCACUAGAGUAUCUGUUAAUUAGCCAUGUUCUGGGUGGUUCCCUCGGUGGCUACACCAUUCUUUUCCUUGGUUCCAUCGCCUACACGGCGGACACCACUACAGAUGGACAAAGAGGAUUUAGGAUCUUCGUUCUUGAUGGUUUGAUGCUUUUAGGCGGUGCUAUUGGAGUGGUCAGCGUAGACUACUGGAUAGCUCAAGAUAAACGAAGUGAUGCCGCGUUCUUAUCCAAGACCCUAGCCAUUGGAGCGUUGUACACCAUGACCGCAAUAUAUGCGGUGCUAUUUGUGCCCGAAACCGUAAAACAAGACCCAACGGCGAAGCUUUUCUCUGUCAAAAAUAUAGCAGCAGUUGUUUCUAUUUACUCCACGGAGAACAGCGUUUCCACCGGCGGCAACGGCGGCAGUGAAAGAACUAAGGGUAGCAAAGAAUGGAAACUCCGCAUUCUAUUUGCAUCUCUUUUCUUCGUUGCAGUGGCGCUAUCUCCGCCGAUCAUUUCCAUUGAUAUCUUGUACGUGUUGAACCGACCGUUUUGCUGGGAUGCCAAACUGGUUGGCUUGUUCUUGGCCAGUACCAUGGCUCUGAUGACAUUUGGAGGAGCGCUGGGACUUUUUAUCAUGCAACAUUGGUGGAAGAUGUCUGAUAUUGGUAUAGCAUUAGUUGCGUUAAUAAGCGCAAUUGCAGCAAAUGUACUCAAAGCGUUUGCCAACAAACCCCAACUUAUGUUUGUGAGUUCCGUUCUGGGUAUGCUUGCACUCCUUAUAAUUCCUAUGAUACGGGCCCAGAUGUCAAAGACCGUUCACCAAAAGAAGCAAGGAGCUCUCUUUGCCAGCGUAGCUGCCAUGGAGACUUUAUCUGCCUUGCUGGCCAGUGUCACAUUUGGUACCGUGUACUCGGCUACGGUUGACAUCUUUAGCGGGGUCGUGUUCCUCACGGUGGCCGCACUCUUUGGCAUGGGGUUUCUGUUGUUGUGCUUUCAUGUCAUCUACAGCAGGCGGCGUACACCCAGUAGGGAGAGUUUGAAGAUAAGAGACGUGUCGAAACGCUCGUACAGUUCCUGCCAGUCUAGCAGUGCGUACAACAGUGUAGCAGAGGAUCCUGUACACCCAGGAGAGCUGGUUGAAAGCAACGAGAAUGAAUCGAAUAGAAUCGAGAACGAGAAUGAAUCGAAUAGUAGCUGUGAAGCAUGGGGACCAAUCACAGUUGGGGGGGUGGCUUGACAAAAGAACAUUAGCCAUGAAAAGGGUCUGAACUUUUAGAGAUGAGAAAUAUGGGGUAUAUCACCCCAAGAUAAAUCCAAAGUCGUGCACGUAAAUAAAAUGAGUAUUUAUACCUUAUAAACGGAUAAACGGAAGGCGUUUACUAACACUUCCCACAGAUCUUUUAACACUAACACCCACAUUAACCAGAUACUCACAAAUUAACCGGCACUACCAUAGCGGAUGAAUGUUAGUGCUAGGUAUCGUUUUGUUGGUGCUAAUUAAAUACCU